AUGCAUUCGACGAUUUCUUUUCUCGUUGCGGCUUUCGCCACUGGCGCUUUCGCUCUUCCCCUUACCACCGACACCACCACCACCACCAGCCAUUACUGUGGGUUCGGUACCAAUGCCGAUGGCUCUUGCGCAACCCCUACCACAACCGGCUCUGCUUCUUCUACCACUUCGCCUUCGUUUUACUGCGGAUUUGGCACUGCUCUAGAUGGAAGUUGCAAUCCUCCUGCAUCGGCUACUACUACCGCCAGCACGACCUCAGUCUCUCAUUACUGUGGCUUUGGCACCGCUCUAGAUGGAAGUUGCAAUCCUCCAACAUCGACUACCACUACCGCCAGCACGACUUCAAUUUCUUACUAUUGCGGAUUCGGUACUGCUCUCGACGGAAAAUGCAAUUCUCCAACUACCACAAGCUCUGCCACAACCACUCCAGUCUCUCACUACUGCGGCUUCGGCACUGCUCUUGAUGGGAAGUGCAAUUCCGCAACGAUGACGAGCUCUUCAACAACCACUCCAGUCUCUCACUACUGCGGAUUCGGUACUGCCUUGGAUGGGAAGUGCAAUCCCUCCACAUCCACAUCUACUACUACUACCACGACUGCUACCUCAACCCCAGUUUCGCACUAUUGUGGCUUUGGGACUGCAUUGAACGGCAAAUGCAAUACAGCACCUCCCACUACGACUACCACCGUUACCAAGACCAGCUCAACUACCUCUGCCAGUACAACUACCGCUCCCGUCUCCCACUGGUGCGGCUUCGGCACUGCUGCAGACGGCAAGUGCAACCCACCCCCGCCACCAACCUCCACCACUACUGGCUGCCCUGCCCCUACUACCGUGACUGUCACCGCUCGGCCCACCUGGACACACGGAUUUUACUAUCGCCCUGGACAGUGCUCUAACUGCCAAACCAUCACCUACACCGACAAGUGGGGCUGGCCAGUCACCAUGGCUGUGCCAACAAACCCAUGGGCUUCUUCAACUGCCUCUCCAUCUGCCUCUGCCCAUCAUUGGUAA